GCGUUCAUCGCGUCCAUUACUCGAGUAGACGAAACGUCAAAUCUCCUCGAAAUAGAACCAACUGAUCGAAAUCUCGAGAGCAUUCGAGAUUGUCAGUGCGCGUGCGGCUGAAGUUUCCCAUAGAAAACUUAAUUAAUCUGACAAGGCGAACAAUAAACGUGAUUAUUUAUGAUUUAUCAACUUUCUAUACUAACAGCCAGCACAUAACCUUAAUGUCCUGAUUCACCGUAUUUCUCACUUUGUUAUUCUUCGUAUCAUUAACUUGAAAGAUGUCUUUGACGUUUCAACAAAUCAUUUUGGACGCUAAAAAACUAGUUAGUCGAAUCACAGAUCAAGAAAAUGCUGCUGAUUAUCUUAUAACUGAGAUUCAAGCAGUAUGUAGUGAGAUAGAUAAUAUGAACCAGUACAAGGAAGAGGUGGAAAUCCUGAAUACAGAAGCUAAGCAGCGUCCGCAUCUUCAAGUUGUAGCAAGAAUUCAGCAGGAGAAUCGUUACUUGCGUGACAUACAAGCAGAAAACAAAGAGCUACGCAAUGCCUUGGAGGAGCAUCAAAAUACAUUGGAACUUAUAAUGUCUAAAUAUCGUCAGCAAACAGCCACAUUGAUACGAACUGGCAAGACGGAUUUCUCAUCCCUGUACAAUUCCAAAUAUGCCAACAUUAUUAGCAGCCAAGCUGAGAAAAUUAACGAAAUGGCGGCAGUUAUGAAAACAGCAGCAGCCCUGGACGAUGAAAACGAACUGAAAGACAAGGAAACAUAUUUCCGUCUGAAAGAAGAAAACGCUGCCCUACGAGAAAUCGUCGGAAUUGCUAAUAAAUUUGGUUCCCUCCAAAAGGACCCUCCCACAGAAACAAAAAUGGUACAGACUGAUUCACUUGAAUAGAUUAUAUAAAUGAAAGCAGAGUCCCUUCAACACUGUAUAGCAGAUACUUAUUUAAUAAAGGUUUCUACCAUACAUAAUA